GCCCCCGUCAUAAUUGUGGAUUGCCUAUCGCGACGGAUGAUUGAUCGAAUUCGAUCUCGAAUGGCCGAGAGUCUAACGUCGACUUUCAGUUGGCGUAUUUCCUUCGUGUAAGAGAGCCCAACGAUAAAUCUCAAUCCACCACACCGAUUCCAAUCCCGCGAGAAUGACCCGCGAGGGGGCGAGUAGUUGAAACGGAAACGCAGCCGUGUGAUAGGGGCCGCACGAUUCAACAGGAGAAGGAAGAGAGGAGUCGAACAGAGUGGAAUCCCGCGGGAGGAAACGAGAAGGGAAGUCUGCGCGCAGAGGGGCGUCCCGUGAACCCGAAAUAGAAAAGCGGCGCACGAGUUGCCGCCAAGUAUCAGCACCAAGGCGGUGGUGUUCUCCAUGUGCAUGGCUGCGUCGAUUCGCCUCGCGACUGGCGCGGUACCGUCGUUGGUAGUUCGCGUCGGAACAUGCCGCGCUCCGGCGUCCCGAUGAUGAGGUCCUCCCUGAGGAGCCGAGACUCGUCCUCGACGUCGACCGGCGUCGAUCCGCGGGAGCGCAUCAAGGACUGCUGUCGCAAGCUGGUGGCCUUCAUGUGCACCCAGGUGGGCGUGGGUGGCUUGGUCGUCGGCUACGCGAUCGUGGGCGCCUUCGGCUUCAUGACGAUCGAGACCCUGGAGGAGCCGGAGGUGGUAUGCGUUCGCGAGUCCAUUCGCAAGGACUACGCGGACGAGUUGUGGUUCGGCACCGCGAGCAAUCAAUCCGUCAAUGUGUUCAACCGCACCGCCUUCUGCGAGGUGUCCAACACCAUCCUGCUGCGCUACCAGGAGAACAUCACCACCAACGAGCGCAACAAGGUCAACUGUACCGGCCUCAAGGCCACCGAUCUAUGGUCCUUCCCGGCGGCGUUGAUGUUCUGCUUGUCGGUGUUCACGAUGAUCGGCUACGGCAGUCUGGUGCCGAAGACCCAAUGGGGCAAGGGCGCCACUGUGGUCUACGCGGUCCUCGGCAUUCCGCUCUACGUACUCUACUUCCUCAACAUGGGCAAGGUGCUCGCGCAAACUUUCCGCUGGCUUUACACGCGGCUGCACGAGUGCACCGGUCAACGAAAACCCGGCCAGAGGAUCACCGUACCUUCGACCGCUUGCCUCUGGGUGAUAUUCGGCUACAUUCUUGCCGGCUCGAUCAUGUUCGCCGAGUGGGAGAAAUGGGACUACUUGGACAGCGCCUACUUUUGCGUCACGUCGCUUUGCAAGAUCGGCAUGGGCGACCUGGUACCCGGUUGGAAACAAGACGACUCCAUGGAGAACAAUCAGACGAAGCUCAUUAUCAACUUCGUCUACCUCUUGUUGGGAAUGGGUUUGGUCGCCAUGUGCUACAAUCUGAUGAAGGAGGACGUUUACGUGAAAGCUCGAGAGCUCAAGGAACAACUGAACCACGCGAUAGACGCGCUCCAUUACAAGAUAGUGACGUGUUGUAGGUCAGAACCUACGGACUGAAGGGGAGGAUUUACGUGCUGAUGCAACGUAGAAACUGCGAAUAAUGCCGGGAUAGCAUAGCCGUAAGAACAUUAUCAAUCUUGGGAGAAGCAGUGCGAGUCAUAUAGCUUCUCGAUUUUAAAUAUAUGAUUGAAGAGGUUUCAAAUGUACAAUUGAAUGAUGAAAAAUGAACUUUGGCCGAUGGAAAAUGCACUGAUAAACAAAUGCUUGAAAAUUUACGCGUGGGAUAAAAGUUUAUAUUUUGUAGAAAUAGAUCUUGUAUAUCCCGCAAAUAACUAUUCAAGUACCUCUCUCUCAGUGUGUCGAGACAGACACACAGAAAUUGUACAGAUAAACAUGUAAAAUAUAGAGAAGCGAAACGACACCAUAUCGAAAGUGACUGGUGCAAACGUUUUUGUAGAUGCUAAUUAUCGACGACUGCGUAUCGGCGAUUACAUAUAGUUGAUAGUUUAUUAUAGUUAUAGUUAUAUUAUUAUAGUUAUAGUUAUAGUUAUAGUUUAUUAUAGUUGAUAGUUCAUAGUCCAUAGGCUCUCUUGUUGCCACACAAUAUUAUCGCGACGAUAAUCUAUAAUUUCUAGUUUUAGAAACGCUAGAGAAGAGAAAUCACUCCUAUUUACGACACAGCUAAUGGAGGCUGAUGGGGACUACGAAGAUGAACGGAGAAAUUGUGGAACGAGAAAACCGUAGCACUUUGUAUGAAGCUAAUUGCAAAAUCCAUAAUUUCUUGCAUUCGGAAUUUUUGCGUUGCAUUAUCGCGCGGAAUAAUGUUCUUGCGCGUCUGAUUUAUCGCGAGUUCGCGCGAAGACGACGGGAAUUUAUGGAGCUGCCGAUGAAGUGUUUGUCAGGAGAACGGACACAGGUAUUAUACAACGCCAGAUAUAUCGAUCCGAUGGGACGUGUCAACCGCGAAAUAAUUGUGCUUCCGAUUAUCCCGAGAGCGUGCAAUCGCUCCGCCUCCUAAUUUAUCGAUUAUGAUAAUGUCUAGUCCGCUGAAUUAAUGAGCCUGCAAUAUGUCGCCGAGAAAGGAUGCGCAAAACACACGCAUAGAUAAGGAUACGUUACGUGCAUUAUCACACACAUUCCACAAGAAUUAUUUGUAUACGAUCGCCCGGGAAUAAAACUGUUGUUGCUAACCGACGAGUAUGAAGCCUGCAUUAUUGA